AUGGUCAGCAACGCUGAACUUUCUUCAAAGUUUGAGUCUUUUUCAAAGAAUUUUGGGACGUUUUGGAAACAAUUCAAAGAAUACAAACAGAAGGUUGGAUCAAUGGGAGCCACAUUGGAGAAGGCUGUGUCAAUGGAAUCGACCUUGGAUGAGAUAAAGAUUGCACUAAAGAAUUUAACAACUAGUGACAAGGGGAAAAUUUUUGCUGAAACUGCACCUAGUCAAGCUGUUGAUCAUCUGAAUCCGUCCUCUACUCCAGCUACCAUGCAGCCACAUGUUGCAUCUACAAGUCUCCUUUAA